AGAACACAACACACUGCCUUUAUAAACCUCUCUCUCUCUACCUGCUUAACAAACAAAACCGAUAGCAAAUAAAGAAAAAAAAAUAAAAAGAGUGAUACACUAUGCAACCCUCUUACUGUGUUAAGGAAAAUAAACCUUGUGUUGGUUGGGUUCUAAAGUACUUCAGUGAUUGUCUCUGUAACUCAAAAGAUGACAUUUCAUUCUUCUUUGGAUUCAUCAGUUUAAUUUGUUGGGGUGUUGCUGAAAUUCCUCAGAUUUUCACUAAUUUUCGUGCUAAGUCUAGUCAUGGUGUCUCCAUUCUCUUUCUCCUCACUUGGGUCGCUGGUGACAUAUUCAACCUUAUAGGUUGUCUUCUGGAACCAGCUACGUUGCCAACCCAAUACUACACAGCUCUGCUUUACACAAUCACUACGAUCGUAUUAGUAUUGCAAAGCUUCUAUUACGACUACAUCUAUAAAUGCUGCAACCGUCGUCAGAAGAUCAACAUCGAAGAGGCCCUCGAAGAAGAGAAAAAACCACUGAAACCAAAACAAGCAUCUGAGUCUGGGAUUCCAAUACGAAGUGCCAAAAACAGAGUAAUACCUCGAGCAGAGUACUACUAUGGGUCUGCGAGAUCAUUAGCCGGUAAUGUGACUCCACCAUCUUCACGUAGCUACAUGAGAGUUGCUAAAAGUGGACCUUCAGCCAUGAGAUUGAAUCAAGAUGAUUCAUCAUCUUCUGAUGAUGAGGCUCAUCCUCCUCCUUCAUCACAGCCCAGACAAAUUCCUCGUUCUACGGGAAGCUAUGGAACAUUCCUAGCAGCAUCACUUAACUUGCCCAUGCAGGGUAAUGCUUUGAAACUGGGAAUCCUAACUCUCAGUGGAACAAAACUACUCUCCCAAGAACAAGUAACACACAGUGUAUUGGGUCAAUGGUUAGGGUGGCUCAUGGCUGCUAUUUAUACAGGUGGUAGGAUACCUCAAAUAUGGUUAAAUAUUAAAAGAGGGAGUGUUGAGGGGUUAAAUCCUUUCAUGUUCAUCUUUGCACUAAUUGCCAAUUCCGCUUACGUAGGAAGUAUUGUUGUAAGAACUACAGAAUGGGAAAGCAUCAAAGCUAAUAUGCCAUGGUUGUUGGAUGCCAUAGUUUGUGUGGCAUUGGACCUAUUUAUAAUAUCGCAGUACAUCAAUUACAGAUACCGUCAAAAGACAACUGCAAGUGAGAAUGGUGAUUAUGAAGAAUACAAAGAAGCGAGAAAACCCAUAGUUUCUUGAUUUAUGUGGAAUGUAAUAACAAUUGAUGUUGAUUUGAAGAUGAGCUUACCAAAAUUUAACGAAUAUUAUAUACUACUAUUCCACUAUAACAUUAAUCUAUAUAGUAUGAUGUGGACUAAUUAGGAAAAGUGUCUAUUUUGUCCCAACUAGUGCUAUGUGACAACCAGCUAUGAAAGUUUAAAGUUUUAUAUUUGAUGGGUUUCAUUUUCAUGUUU